AGUAUUGUGCAGCGUAGGCUGCUAGGGAGCCGGAGCGGCAGCACGCUCCUUUGUUCUGGGGGGCCGGAUCGGGACAUACAGCGAGAGAAUUAUGGGGCUGUGUCGUCGCCUUCCCUCUCCACCUCCACCCCCCUCCGAACGCAUGCAUUGGCCGAUUACUUAAGAUCCCUGGAGAUGUCCUUUGCAGAUCCCCUGGCUGCAGGAGAGGCUGUUGCUUGUUGCAGCGUCUAGGCCGGGGGAGCAGCGGGAACGUCGUGGCUGCCUAGCGGAAGGGCUGUUGUGUUUAGGGAGGGCGUAGGGACCGCCUGGAGUUGCGCCGGGGCCUGGAGUGGCGGCGGAGACCUGCCUUGGUCAUUUGGGCGACGGAGGAGGGGCGAUUAGUCGCGCCUGGAUAUGGUGUUGGGCGACCCAGUAAUGUCAAGCGCACUCAAGGGGCCUGUUGUGUUGGGCGUGGCAUGGACCGCCACUGUGAAAUUCCCACCACCACCCACUUUACCGAUUUAACGCAAUGCAUUGCUUGGCUCCUGGCUGCAGAUCUCAUUGGGAUCACUUAGAAGGCUUUUCAAUCCCAAAGAACCAGGGUGUCUGAGAUUGAGCACCCCCUCCUGCCUUGCCAACGUCCCCAAUGCGACCAUGGGAACUGGCAGUGAAUAGGCGGCCUCCUUCUGUCCCUUUUGACCAGCGACGAUUCUCAGGGGGAAGCUGUGACAGCCCAGCACACCUCAGGAGAAGCCCUUCUUCCCGGCACCACUGGGGCCGACGCGAGCGACCUCUGCAAACUCUCCUAGCCCAGGAUGAGAACUACUUGCACCCGGCUUUUUUCCAGCAGCCACACACCCCUGUAGAUGAGCACCCGGCGUACGUUCUGGCCAAUACGCCACCACGAAUGCUUCACCCGGCUGCACACCCACCCCACCAGCAUCCAUUCAUGGUGGAUCUCCAUGAGCAGGUGCAUCAGGGAGCCAUCCCUCUCUCCUACACGGUGACCACAGUAACCACACAAGGCUUCCCCAUUCACACCGGCCAGCACAUCCCAGGUUGCAGUGCGCAGCAGCUCCCAGCAUGCUCAGUGAUGUUCAGCGGACAGCACUACCCACUCUGCUGCCUCCCACCCCCCCUGAUCCAGGCCUGUGCCAUGCAGCAGCUCCCUGUCUCCUACCAAACGUUCCCGCCGCUCAUUUCCAGCGACCAUUACAUCCUGCACCCUCCACCGCCUGUGCCACCACACCAGCCUCCACACAUGGCUCCCCUCAGCCAGUUUGUCCCACUCCAACCCCAGCACCCUCGCAUGCCACUGCAGAGGAUAGACAAUGAGGUGGAGCUCCGGGGUGAACAGCACUCUAUCGGAGGCUUCUCCUAUUCUCCUUCCCACCAUACUCCUGCACUGUCUCCCUCCGUGCCACUACAUUACCUUCCACACACCCAUGACCCACUGCACCAGGAACUGCCCUUUGGCGUGCCAUAUCCACACAUGAUGCCCCGGCGACUGAACACCCAGCGAUACAGAUUGCAGCAGCCACUGCCGCCUCCGCCCCCACCGCCGCCUCCAUACUACCCAAGCUUCCUGCCAUACUUCCUAUCAAUGCUUCCUGUGUCACCGACAGCUGUGGGGCCUACAAUAAGUUUGGACUUGGAUGUGGAUGAUGUGGAGAUGGAAAACUAUGAGGCAUUACUGAACCUGGCCGAGAGGCUAGGAGAGGCCAAACCCCGGGGACUCACCAAAGCAGACAUCGAACACCUUCCGUCCUACCGCUUCAACCCAGAAAGCCAUCAGUCGGAGCAAACCUUGUGUGUUGUGUGCUUCAGCGACUUCGAAGUCAGGCAGCUGCUGCGGGUUCUGCCCUGCAACCACGAGUUCCACGCGAAGUGCAUCGACAAAUGGUUAAAGGCAAACCGCACAUGCCCAAUCUGCCGGGCGGACGCCUCAGAAGUGCACCGGGAGGCUGAGUGAGGCUCGUCAACGCACUGCUGCACAAAUUCACUCCAGGAUACGGACCUUGGCCCAGGGGCUUGGCCCAGCCUGUACGCUUAAGCCUCUGGGGACUCUCCUGGGAUGUGGUGAGAAUAUAAGCAAUGUAUGACACCCCCCUACCCUUACCCCUCCGUGGCAUGGACUGGGCCUGGUGGCAGAGCCAGCUCCGCGGUGUCACGCUUCGCUAGGGGGAGGCCUCCCCAUGUGCUCCGCACUCCAAAGAGACUCCAUCCUUGCGCCAUUUUACUCUCCAGGUGUUCUUGCAUUCCUUUCGUUUUGGUUCUCCUUUCCUUGUUUUGGUUUUGUUGUGGCUGUCUGACCCAGGUAUUUUUAGUCCCCCUCCCACCCCCACUUCUGGCGCCACCAGAUCGGGGCCUUCAAAAGCAGAGCAGCUCAAAGAUGGGGGAGGAAGUGCCUGCUUCAAUCCCACCCCCCAACCACUUGCCCCCCAAAGCACAGUGUUGUCGCGUGGCAGGCAGUGGAAGUGGUUGGUUGCAGCACUGAUGAGGGGCGGCCCAUAGCCUUCCCGGAACCAUUUGGGGUUGCCCACACACAAAUCAUGGCCCAGGGCUGCCUCUUCUGGCUUUUCCUUACACACACACACACACCCCAUCUUGCCCUUCCUACAUGCCAGGGAUGCUGGGCGGCAUUCAGGGCUCCGUAGCAGGGUGGUGGUGGUGGAGCAAAACAGGCCUGCGCAAGGCCCAGCAAUAUCCCAUCCCACUCAGCUCCCCUUCUCAUUGCAGAGGGGCGUGUGGAGACCCAUUUCCCCCUCAGAAGACGUGGAGGAAAGCGUGAGUUGAGUGAGUGAGAAUCCUCGUGGUGAAGCAGCUGGCUCUGCUUCAUACAUCUGUAAGGUGGAGGCUCUCUUUGCGAGGCCCGUCUUCAGAAUCAUGUUCUCUAGCUAGAGCUGACAAUUACUUCUCUUCCCUUCUGCACCUCAGUUCUUUUCCUUGGGGUCCCCUUUCUUUCUCAGCACCCAUCUCCAUGAAAUCCAACCCCCCCCUUCCUAAAUAUACAAAUCAGGUUUGUGCCACUGUUUCCCCCAUAUCUCAGGGGAGGGCACGUGUGUUUCUCUGCCUCCCUCUCUCCCUGUUUUCCUUCUGCAGGGAAGAGGGAGAUGCUCAGCCGACUGAAGCAGAAGCCUUUAGUCCCACUGUAAAUCCUGCCCGCUUUUCUGUGCUGACCCCAGGCUAAGCCCCUGAAAGCUGCCGGGGCCGCUGCGAAGCUCUCUGUGGUAGGAUCCUGGGCAGCGAGCAGAUGGGGAAUUAUUUAUUAAUCUUGUUGUUGUCUACCCUUGCACUAGCUAUCAUGGAGAAAAGCCCAUCUGGCGAAAACCGCUCCUCCCUCCAAGAUGCACUGCUGCAUCAGCUUUCUUUCCUUUCUGCGUAGGACCAGGCAGACGUUUCCAUUCCCUUUUCCACUCGCUCGACCAUUUCUCUCUCCUCCUUCCCCCUUCCCCCCCUUCCGGGGUCCCCAAGUGAAGUUUGGCCCUCCUACUGCCCCCCCCCCAACGGAGUGUUGUUUCCCGCCCCCUGCAUGGCCUGAUGCUUGUGCUCUGGGUCAGGCACCGUGGGGUGGGGUGGGCUGUUUCGCCAUGACGAGCAUACAUGCGAGUUGUGUGCCUUCCUGUCUCUCUGUGCACGUGUGUGCGUGUGUUGCGUGCGUGCGUGCGUGCGUGCACACACACACUAAUCCUACCUAAAAAAAAGCACCUGCUGGUUUGAAGCAAGAAAGCAACCGACCUGCCACCCUGUUACAGAAACCUGUGAUCGUUUAAAAAAAUAUAUAUUAAAAAAAAUAAAAGUUGUUUUGCAUGAUUAUACCAUGGAGCCGAGAGAGAGAGAGAAGCCCUCGCCAUGUAGUUGGUUUGUGUUCGGAAGCCUGGCAAGAAGGACUCGGAGAGGACGAUGAAACCUAAUGUAAAUGUUCACAAAUUAUGCAUGCAUGUUAUGACCAGCUUGGAACUUGGUAUUGGCUAACUCUCUAGCCAGCUGUGGGGGUGAUGGGGUGGGGGGGUUAAAGAGGGAGUUCUUUGUGCUCAGCUGAUUACUGCCAUGCACUGUACUGCACAUGUCCGCAACGCCUCACAAGGACCGUCAACGCUUUUCAGGGCAUUUCUCCCUCCCCUUCCUCCCUACCCCACCCCCUCCAGAUUAGAGAUGGGUUUGAAACCUGGUUGGGCCAGGAGGAGGCAGCUGUGGGAGGGGGGGGCACAUACAGGACUGAACCUCGAGGUAGGCUUGCAAGGGUCGGUGUUGGCAGGCGGUGGGGGGAGCGGUUAGCAGCGGCCUCAGAAAGGAGAGGGUUUCGUUAGGUGCAUCUUCUCUUUCAUGGUGCUGCAGAGGUGGGUGAAGUUGCACCCGCUGGCAUGCUCCUUACUGUGCCAUCGCCCCCUUUCCUCUCUGCAUCUUUUCCCGGCACAUGAACCUUGUCCCUGUAUCAGCUAGUGGGAUGUAUCUGGCAAGUGUGGCUCCCUCAAAAUUCAACUUCCUCCACCGUCCACAAGGUGGAGCUCUCUCCCCCCCCCCCCCCGCAUAUUCUCCAUCUUCUCCCCAGCUGGGUUCAUUGAUUCCUGCUGCCUUUAAUUGCCAGCGGAGGUCUGGCAUGUACCCAACCCCCUUUUGGAAUGGAUGGCAGCAGAUGAGAGCGGGCCAUGCUUUUCCUGCUCAUCCAGCAUCCCAGGGCCUUUAUCCAUAAACUGGAGCUUCUUCCCACAAAACUACACACACACACCCCGAAAAAAAUCCCAUUCUCCCAGCCACACAAAUGCCAGAGGGGCACUCAUGAGCGGAGCGGGUGGAACAAACCAUGGGCCCAUUACUCAGAUUGGUCUGGGCCAACCUUGGAGCAGCGUUUGUGAAGGAAAGCUAGAUUCUUCCAACCUGGCUCUUUUCUGUGGGGUGCUCCGAGCUCAGAUGGUGGCUGGAGAGGGGAAGUAGCCUCUCUUAAAACAGUGGGCAGGAGCAGUCUGUCUGCGUUGUUGUUUUCCUGAGCUCUCAGCAAUACUUACCUCUGAAGCAGGGGAAAGUCUUUUUAGGUGUAGCUGGGGCCACCAGGCCUUUUGCCAUUGGUGCUUACAGCUAAUCUCUCCCCCCACCCCGACCCCAGAUGCUGGAGUUCUGGAGCCACUUGAAUUCAGGAAGUCCUCUGGGGAGCUAGGAGGUUGGGGACCUGAGAACCUGCUUUCGUUUUGUCUCGUGGACCUUUUAUUCCGUUACCAGUCCAGGGAUGAUCUUCAAAGUCCUGCAGAAAGACGCCGAGCCACACAGACAGGAUGUAGCAAGGUGCAUUUUCUGCUUAACUACAGCUGGGUAGCAAUCUCUUGUUUUGGCAGGAGCAACUAGCCUGCAGGUAGAUCAGUCCGUUAGGAACCUGUUGAGCUCUGGGCAGGCCGGAGCUUUCUUUUUAAUCACCCAAAUUUCUGAUGAAUUGAAUGUUUUUUAAGUCCCCACCUGGCUCAGCCCCUUCUUUGCACUUUGGCUGAUAAUGCAGGUUAAAACGGCGAAGUCAUUUGGAUCAGGUCAAAUAAUUUAAAUCUCUUCCUUCUCAGCCCACUUUUCCAGAGGGUUAGAAUAGCCACAGUCGGACAUCUAAGCCAGGUCUCGGCCCAUGCGCCUGCGUGCGCACACACAAAGGAAUGGGCCACUUGCCAUAUAAAACUGCACAGACACCAGCAGCCCCUUUUGAGUACCUGUCCUUCUGUGACCACUCAGUUCUCCCCUCUCCCUCACAUGUCAAGCCAGUGCCUUGUGUCAGACCCACCUCCUCCGCUCUCUCCCCCCCCCCGGCCCCAGCCUUUCUCCUCGUUUCACAGCUUUUUUAAAGAAGGAAAAACAAUAACAACUUAUUUCACGCGACACAAAUAACCAAAGGUCUUUACUGUAUAUAAAAACCACAGGUGUUUCUAUAUUUAUAGCCAAUCAGAAUAGUGCCGGUGCCCAUCUGUUUUAAAAACGCUGUCUUCUCCUCCCCCCCUGCUAUCUCGGGUUUUUCCCCCCCCCGCGCCCCCCAGAAAGAUGACUUGGGGUUGGGGAGGGUAGAAAAGCCUUACGGUUCUUCUGGUGGCGACUCGAAAGCUCACAAGCUCGUGUGCUGCAGAAUUUAUUCCAAUGAGCAGCUAAAAAUUAUCAUUUUAAAACAAAAAACAACAAAAAAAUUACUAAAACAUUUAUUUAGGAUGUUUGUGAUUGCUGAUUGCGCUGUAGAUGCCACUGUUUACCAAUGAUUUCCUGUGGUGGGAUAGUGGACUGUUUACUGUUCUUUUUUACCAGUCCCGUGCCCUCCAGAGGGAUAGCUCAGCUUCACCCUACAAGGAGAGGAGCCUCCCUGUAGGGCACCAGGGCAUUUGUUCUGUGUUAGAAAGUUUAUAUAUAUAUAUAUAUUAUAUAUAUAUUAUAAAUAUAUAUAUAUAAUUUUUUUUUGCUCUGUUACUUGCACAUUUUACAGUUACCUCAUUUUUCCCAUGUAUGUAUUUGAAAAAAGGCUAAUAUAUAGAGAAGAAAAAAGGUUCUUAAAUCUCUAAAAAAGUGUUUGUUUUUUUCCAUUCCAUUGGAAUCAUAUUGGUUUGUAGCAUUUAACAUAACUAGUAUGUUGUAUUAUAUAUAUGUGUAUUAUACUGAUUGAAAUUUUUAACAGAUUUGUACUUUUUUUAAAAUGAAAGUUGCUAGUUCUGCUUGACCAAGUAGUGCAAUCAUUAUUUUUUUUAAUGUUGUGGCUGAUUUUGAGAGGGAUAUUCACUAAUAAAUGUAUGAUGUAUACCAAC